AUGGGCAGCAUCAGUACCUCCGAGCCCGUCGACAUCGACAAGAUGAUCAACGGCAAACUCCUCUCUCCAGCAUCGAUCGGCCACUGGGGCAUGCGCACAACGCCUGAGAACUUUGAAAAGAUGGUGGAAUGGCACACCAACUUUUUCGGCGCAGAGGUCAUCUACCGCCUACCCACCGUGGCAUUCCUGCGCUACGACGACGAGCACCAUCGACUGGUCAUCCUCGCGGACCCGAACCACAAGCCAGUCGAAAACCGAACCGCCGCUUGUGGCAUCUACCACAUCGCCUUCUCGCUGAGAUCUCUCACCGAGCUCGCCGUCAGCUACGAACAGAAAAAGGCGCGAGGAAUCCUGCCGCACUGGCCCGUGAACCACGGCAUGAGCACCUCCAUGUACUACUUCGACCCGGACAAGAACGAGUUUGAAAUGCAGGUGGACAAUUUCGACACGGCUGAAGAGGCGCACGCGUUCAUGAGGACGGAGGAGUACGGGCAGAAUCCCAUCGGGGUCGAUUUCGUCCCGGAAGACUUUGUGAAGCGGGUUAGGAGUGGGAAGGAGACGGAGGAGGAGCUCAAGAAGAGACCCGUGAUUGGGAAGAGGCAUACCAGGUGGGAGAAUUCGCUGUAUUUCCAGGAGGCGGACAAGUAUAAGGGUUAG